AGUCGAAAGCUAGCGACGGUCGGGGUAGGACUAUCCGUACCGCGUACAGUUGAAUACGUAGCACUGCUUACGCGGAAACUUUGUUUCUUUAAAUUACAUAAAUCUCUAUUAAAUUAAAACAUACGAUGACUCCAAAAAUAAUUUAAUACAGUUUUACGAAGUUAUUUAUGACUUUUGGAUAAUGUUAUAAACUGUACGUUUAUAAUUACAAGGAUUUUCUUGAUCUUAAAAUUUUAUAAAAGUGUUUAUUUAAUAAAAUAAUUACUGACAUGAGUGAUAAAUAAUGUUGUUAUAAGUGAAUACAGGCGUUUCUUAGUGUGAGAAGAUUUACUAUAUUAUGCACCAUGGAAGAAUACAACGAAACUUUAGAUUUAAACCAUUCCGAGCCCUACCAGCCAUAUUAUGAAAGGCCAGAAACUUACAUAGUCCCACUCAUAUUCGCCCUAAUUUUUGUCGUCGGUGUAGUCGGUAAUGGGACCCUUGUUGCCGUUUUUAUAAGACACAAGGCCAUGAGGAAUGUACCCAACACGUACAUUUUAUCUUUAGCGUUAGCAGAUCUUCUAGUCAUCAUCACAUGCGUUCCAUUUACUUCAAUCGUUUACACGGUAGAGUCCUGGCCCUGGGGCUCUACAGUGUGUCGGGUGUCGGAAGCUGCCAAGGAUGUCAGCAUUGGGGUAUCCGUGUUCACCUUAACUGCUCUGUCAGCCGACCGUUACUUUGCCAUCGUAGAUCCUCUUAGGAAGCUACAUGCUACAGGGGGAAGUAGACGUGCUACACGAAUAACGGUGGCUACAGCAAUUGGUAUUUGGAUACUAGCAGGGCUUCUUGCUACACCUGCUUACAUCGGAUCCUACCUGCGUGCUUUCGUCGUCAAUCCCACAACACAGUUCCUAGUUUGUUAUCCAUAUCCACCAGAAUGGGGUGAGAACUAUCCAAAAACAAUGGUUCUGGUGCGAUUCCUCAUAUACUACUCGUUGCCGCUAGCCGUCAUUGCACUUUUCUAUGUGUUGAUGGCACGACAUUUGGUGCUGAGUACCCAAAACAUGCCCGGUGAACUGCAGGGUACACAUCGACAGAUGCGAGCAAGAAGAAAGGUCGCUCUAACUGUUCUAGCCUUUGUGCUGGUGUUCGCGGCAUGUUUUCUACCUUCUCAUGUGUUUAUGAUGUGGUUCUAUUAUUGUCCUACAGCUCAAGAUGAUUACAACGGAUGGUGGCAUGCUUUGCGCAUAGUGGGAUUCUGCCUCUCCUUCCUCAACAGUUGUGUGAACCCCAUUGCAUUAUACUGUACGAGUGGUAUCUUUAGAAAACAUUUCAAUCGGUAUCUCUUAUGUCGUUCUCCGUCAACACAUGGGCCGAGGGGAUCCUUAUCCAUUUCUACUUCGAGAAGGCUGCACUCCAGUAGAAAAACUAAUAUCAGCAUGGUACCAAGAACAACCAGUGUAGGAAGAGACAACAGCAUUCGGCUUUUGAAUAACGGCUCUUCAAAUCUCUGAGAAAGGAGUAGAGGUCUGCGUAAUGCGACCAAUAACAAUACAGAACGUACCAAGGAGAACUAUAGCAAGUGUUCGAGUUUAGUGUUCAAAGCAAACAAUAUGGCACCAUUUCCAAAGUGCUGCGAGAGUGAAAACGGUGUGAAACAUGUAGAAACGAGCCUCGAUUGUAAAGAUAUUAGUAGCACUGAGAGUUUUUAUUUAGCACUCGAUGGUUCCUUUAGACGCUGUUAAGAAAAUUAUUUUUAUCCUACUAAAAGUGUAAAUAUAAAUUAAGUAUAAAGUGUUGAUGACAAAGUGUUAAGGAUAAAGUGUAAUGAUAUUGUAAACUAAGUGUUUAAUAGUUAAUGUCAUGUGCACCUAUCUUAAAGUAUAAUUUUAAAUGUUUGUUAUAUUAACCUUGAAAUUAUUGCGAAUUAGUUUUAAGCGAAAGACACACAUUGAUAAGAAAUAAAUACUUUAUUAACUUUCUAUUCGUAUAGUGUUGUAACGGAAUCUUUUUUUUUUGUUAGUUAAAAUUUUAACUUGAGUGAAGGUGUGAGUAACCUUAAAUCCGAUUUAACACAUUUUGUAAGGAUGUCUUAGGUUCUAAAUAUCACCAUCAUGAUUCUUUAUUAAAGACUAUUUAAAUCGACUGCUGAAGAAAGGCCUCCCCCAUAGUUGGCCUCAGAGGGAGCAUCCUGCAAAUCAUGCCACGCUCGGCAGGCAGGUUGCACUAGUUUUUUUCUUAUUUACAGUUAUUAUCAGAAUGUUGCUGUCAACUUCUGUUUCUCAGUCAUCCCUUACGACACUCACGAGAUGAUAUGAGAUAGCAGAUAUUCUUACGCCGCUUCUACACAGCCUGUUCUUAAUAUUAUGUAAUAUAGUUCUUAAUAUGGUCGCUUUAUUUAUUUUAAUUUGAACAUUAUAAUGACAUACCUAUUUUCCUAUUUCAUAUACCAGGUUUGCUACUUUUUGUCACUUCCUACUGAGUAGUUUAGUAGUGGGAAAUUCCCGGACCGCAAGUUUGUUUUGAAUUCAUAAUAUAUAAUUCAGCGUAGGAACAACAGAUUCUGUCUUACCUUAAAUGUUAGUAAAAUUUAAAAUAUACUAUGGAGUAAAAGAAAUAGUAAUAACUUUUGAAUGCACAUAUUCGUUUUUGUUCAAUUUAUUCUUCGUCUUAGUUUUCUCAUCAUAUUUAUUUGAAAUUCGUUUUAAAAUAAAAUAAAACUCUAAUAGUCACAAGUUUAAUGUGACGCAUGACGCACGAUAUAGUGACGAUCUAUGCAAAGUAACUGGUAACAAAGAGUUGGAUGCGUAGAACCAGCGAUCAGGUAAGCUGGUACAAGAGAGAGACCUAUGUCUAGCAAUGGACUGGUCGAGAAGCUAAUGAUAAUAAUAUAAAUAAACGAAUUAGUCGUUAUUUAAAAAAAGUAGAACUUACAGUUUGUAUGUUAAUCAGAAGAGACGAGAAUACUAUCCACCUGAUAGUAAAUGCAUGCCUCAACCAUAGACAACUGCAUCUAUCUAAGCUUAAUAAUCAAGCUGCAGAUGCGUUGUCACCCCUCACAACCUCGUUACCAGUAAGAAUGAUCUCCGAUUCUCGUCAGAAAUCUUUUUGAAUCACAUCAGCAAGCAACAAUUUUACGCUAGUAUUCUGUGAGAGUGUGAUACUUUAUUGAUCAUAGCUUAAACGUAUUAAAAUUGUAAUAAGUAAUCUCGAAUAAAUUUAUAGAACGUAAUUUAUUAAACACACACAUUACAAACUUCAAUAUAAUUGUAAUUUUUUUUUAAGUAAAAUUCACUAAAUAUUUUUAUUAAUAUCAAACAGAAAAUUAAGUUAAAAAAUGUGUGUUGAUGUCCAUUUCAUUGAGUCUUUAUUUUUCAUUAAUUUUCGACGAAAAAAAUCUUACGCUUUUAGUCACAUCGAAUUUCUGUAUUGUAAAUAAAAUUAUUGUGACACACAUUAAGAAUUAAAUUCGGGAAAUAC